CGCUUCGAUCGCUCGACGACCGCCGAAGGAGAGCGAAAGCGAGCGUAUAAAAGGAGAGAGAAAGAGAGGGGGAAAAGAGGAGAAGAAGGCGGAGGAGAGAGAAGCCUUUUCUCCUCUUGAAAUCGAAUCCUCUCGCGGAGCUGAGAAGAGGGGAGCUAGGGUUUGGGAGAGGUCCCGCUCGCUCGUCUCUUCUCCCCUCCUUUCUGGGUUGUUCCGCACUUCGAGGGCACUUCGUUGGUGAUCUCUCUAGGGUUUUCUUGCUGGAUCUGGGCGUGCGGUCCCAUGGCGGAGCGAUUGAGGGAUUUGAGCCAGCCGAUCGAUGUCCCCCUCCUUGAUGCGACCGUGGCCGCUUUCUAUGGGACGGGAUCCAAGGAGGAGAGGUCAGCUGCAGAUCAGAUACUGCAGGAAUUGCAGACCAACCCCGAUACCUGGCUUCAAGUGGUUCACAUUCUACAGAAUUCACAAAGCUUGAACACUAAGUUUUUUGCACUCCAGGUACUAGAAAAUGUCAUUAAGUACAGAUGGAAUGCCUUGCCAGUUGAACAGAGAGAUGGAAUAAAGAAUUAUAUAUCUGAGGUUAUUGUACAGCUUUCUAGUAAUGAAGUUUCCUUCCGAAAAGAGCGGCUGUACGUCAAUAAGCUUAAUGUCAUUUUAGUGCAGGUUUUAAAGCAUGAGUGGCCAGCCAGAUGGCAGAGCUUCAUUCCUGAUCUUGUUUCAGCUGCGAAGAGUAGUGAAACUAUAUGUGAGAAUUGCAUGGCUAUACUAAAGCUUUUGAGUGAAGAAGUUUUUGAUUUCUCUAGAGGAGAGAUGACUCAACAAAAAAUAAAAGAACUUAAGCAGUCUUUAAAUAGUGAAUUUCAACUCAUUCAUGAGUUAUGCUUAUACGUAUUAUCAGCGUCACAAAGAACAGAGCUUAUCCGGGCUACCUUGGCAACACUUCAUGCUUUUUUGUCAUGGAUUCCACUUGGUUACAUAUUUGAAUCUCCAUUGCUCGAGAUACUCUUGAAAUUCUUUCCCAUUGCAUCAUACCGGAACCUUACACUCCAGUGUUUGACAGAGGUUGCAGCACUUCAAUUUGGUGAUUUUUAUGACAUGCAGUAUGUAAAGAUGUAUACAAUCUUUAUGAUACAAUUGCAGACUAUUAUCCCAGCUGGUACAAAUAUCUCUGAAGCUUACACAAAUGGUUCCAGUGAAGAGCAGGCUUUCAUCCAAAAUCUUGCACUGUUUUUUACUUCGUUUUGCAAGUCUCACAUACGAGUGCUCGAAUCUACUCCUGAAAAUAGAGCUGCAUUAUUGACGGGUCUUGAAUACCUUAUUAGUAUCUCAUAUGUUGAUGACACAGAGGUUUUCAAGGUUUGCUUGGACUACUGGAAUCUACUGGUCCUAGAACUGUUUGAGGCACAUCACAGCCUGGAUAUCCCUGUUGUUUCUGUGGGCUUGAUGGGUCUUCAGGCUACGUUGAUCCCAGAGGUGGUUGAUGGCCUUGGUUCGCCACUUCUUCAGAGACGGCAGCUUUAUUCAGAUCCAUUAUCAAAAUUAAGAACUCUCAUGAUUUGUCGAAUGGCCAAACCAGAAGAGGUUUUGAUUGUUGAAGAUGAAAAUGGAAACAUAGUUCGUGAAACUAUGAAAGACAAUGAUGUGCUUGUUCAAUAUAAGAUCAUGAGGGAAACACUAAUAUACUUGUCACAUCUUGAUCAUGAGGACACAGAACAACAGAUGUUGAAGAAGUUGAGUAAACAACUGAGUGGGGAGGAAUGGUCUUGGAACAACUUAAACACAUUGUGCUGGGCUAUUGGAUCGAUAUCUGGUUCAAUGAUGGAGGAGCAGGAAAAUAGAUUUCUAGUUAUGGUCAUUCGUGAUUUGCUGAAUCUUUGUGAAAUUACAAAAGGAAAAGAUAACAAAGCUGUGAUUGCAAGCAACAUCAUGUAUGUUGUAGGACAGUAUCCAAGGUUUCUUCGAGCCCACUGGAAGUUCCUGAAAACAGUUGUGAAUAAAUUGUUUGAGUUUAUGCAUGAAACUCAUCCAGGAGUUCAGGACAUGGCUUGUGAUACUUUUCUGAAAAUUGUCCAGAAAUGCAAGCGGAAGUUUGUGAUCACACAGGUUGGAGAGAAUGAGCCAUUUGUCUCCGAGCUUCUAUCUAGUCUACCAACUACAGUUUCGGAUCUUCAGCCUCACCAGAUUCACUCAUUUUAUGAAUCUGUUGGUCACAUGAUUCAAGCAGAAUCUGAUGCUACUAAGAGAGACGAAUAUCUGAAAAGGUUAAUGGAUCUUCCUAAUCAGAAAUGGGCUGAAAUCAUUGGACAAGCCAGCCGUAGUGUUGAUGUCCUGAAAGAUCAAGAUGUCAUAAGAGCAGUUCUGAACAUAUUGCAGACAAAUACAAGUGCUGCUAGUUCUCUUGGAACAUAUUUCUUCCCGCAAAUAUCUCUAAUAUUCUUGGACAUGCUUACCGUAUACAGAAUGUACAGUGAGUUAAUAUCAAAUAGUAUUGCAGAAGGAGGGCCUUUUGCUUCAAAAACAUCCUUUGUGAAGCUUUUACGAUCUGUAAAGCGGGAGACACUCAAGCUGAUUGAGACAUUUGUAGACAAAGCUGAAGAUCAACCACAUAUUGGAAAGCAGUUUGUGCCACCAAUGAUGGAUCCUGUCCUUGGUGACUAUGCUAGAAACCUGCCAGAUGCCAGGGAAUCUGAAGUUUUGUCACUCUUUGCAACAAUUAUAAACAAAUACAAAGGUGUUAUGAUGGAGUAUGUACCUCGCAUAUUUGAAGCUGUUUUUCAGUGCACUCUAGAGAUGAUUACCAAAAAUUUUGAGGACUAUCCAGAGCAUCGCCUUAAGUUCUUCUCUUUAUUGCGUGCGAUUGGUACCCAUUGUUUUCAAGCCUUAAUUCAACUCUCAAGUCAGCAAUUAGAACUUGUGAUGAAUUCAAUCAUCUGGGCUUUUCGGCAUACUGAAAGGAAUAUUGCUGAGACUGGCCUCAGUCUUUUGUUGGAGUUGCUGAAGAAUUUUCAGGUUUCGGAGUUCUGUAACCAAUUCUAUAGAACGUAUUAUUUGAAAAUUGAGCAAGAAAUUUUUGCUGUUCUGACAGAUGCAUUCCAUAAGCCUGGCUUUAAGCUACAUGUUUUAGUGCUUCAGCAUUUGUUUUGCUUGGUUGACUCUGGUGCACUAACAGAGCCACUAUGGGAUGCUUCUACAGUUCCAUAUCCAUACCCAAAUAAUACAAUGUUUGUUCGUGAUUACACCAUAAAACUAUUAGGAUCAUCCUUUCCAAAUAUGACAGCAGCAGAGAUAACACAAUUCGUUGGUGGAUUAUUUGAAUCAAGAAAUGAUCUCCCAACUUUCAAGAACCAUAUGCGAGACUUUCUCGUGCAAUCAAAAAAGUUUUCUGCUCAGGAUAACAAGGAUCUUUAUGCUGAGGAGACUGCAGCACAAAGAGAAAGGGAACGCCAGAGAAUGUUGUCGAUUCCUGGAAUGAUUGCCCCUAGUGAGCUGCAGGAUGAGAUGGUAGAUUCAUAAGUUCUGGUGGCUUUGCAGGCACUAAUUCCACAGAUUCUUUUUUCUUGUUUCCUAAUUCCAGUGGGUGCCUCGCAUCGUUUGGCCGAUUUCCUGCCACAGAUGGUCGAGGCUUUCUCAAUUUCUAAUUUGAUAUACACCCCCUCUACUGAUUUGCUUUGCUGGGAAGAUAAGAAGGCAGUUGUCUGUCAAGAGAGAGCUAUUUGGACUGCGGGUGAUACUUACAGGUCUGUAACUAAUGCCUUGUUGGAGUGGCUGCAGCUUCUUGGCAGAAUGUAUUUGCUGGUAUGGGGGAGAAUAGUGUUGUAGCAGCAACAGCAGCAGCUUGUCGUACCUAUUUGGUGAUAGGUGGGAGUCGAUGAUGUGUCAUCAACCAUAGUGCCAUACAGUGUGUUUUGGAUUUGGCCCUUUGUAAUCAAGAGGAGCAUCAUUCUUAAGUCUCAUCAUUUCAACUUGGGAUAGGUUUCUUUCCUCCCUUUUGUUAUUAGUCUACAUACAUUUUAUCUAUCUGUCUCUAUAUAUAUAUCCUUGUGUUGACAUGCAGUAAAACCUAGUGCGUGCUGUUGCUGAUUAGUACAGUACAUUGUCAACUUGUGAGGGCUACGGUUAAAUCCUAAAUUGAAAGGUAAGAGACUAUGGAAUCGUUGGCAAUUAAUCUUUUUCUUAGUAGU